AUGGUAGCCAGAGAUUGCUACGCCAUAUUAGGAGUUAAAUCAACAGCAACUGGAGAUGAAAUUAAAAAGGCCUAUCGAAAAAAAGCUCUUCAAUAUCAUCCCGAUAAAAAUCCAUCUGCAACAGCUGAAGAAACAUUUAAAGAAAUUAACAAAGCAUAUGAAACCUUGAGUGAUGCCGAUAAACGUCGAACGUAUGAUUUACAACAACAAAAACCUUACACUACAACAUCAACAAAUAAACCAACUACGCAAGCAAAUAAACAGGAAACAUCAUUCAAAUCUUCAUUUCAUGCACCCGGUCAGCCACACUUUACAUUUACUAACACAACAACGACGAACGAUGGUUCCACAUCAGCACGUUCAGCUCGUUUUCGCUUUCAUCGCAUGGGUCCAGAUCCAUUUGCUAAUUUUCAUCAACGACAUGCACAUUUUUCUAGUUCAUUUUUCGAUCCGUUUCGUUCACCAAAUUCGCCUUUUUUCGACUCAACAAAUAGUCGUGUAUCUUCGGAUGACGAUGACGACGAUACUCAUGAUGGAACCGAACAACGUCGAAAGAAUUCCACGUUCGGAUCGGAUGACUUCGAAUUCGAUGCAUCUCCUCGAGCACAUGGUCCUAGUCAAGCACGUUUCACAACUCACAGUCGACCGAAAUGGAAUAAUAACUGGGCGUUUGAACCUGAAGAAGAAAGCAAAUCAUCCGAAUCAUCAGAUAACAAAUUUCCACCCAUGUUUCAGCAACGCGCCAACGCUGACAAUCCUUUUAUGAUGUUCGAAAUGUUGACACGUGCGGUAUUCGAUCAAUUUUUCAACGAUGACCCAUUCUGGCAAACAUUUCAUCAGCGAGAUCUUCCAUUCGCCAACGCUACUCAGCAACAAACGCCCCGAUCAUCAACAACACGUCUACGUAGUGCCUCCCAGCAACGACCAUCCGCGACGAACAAUCGUACACGUAUUCAUGUCAAUCACGUGCCAUCAUCAACUAAGAAAGCGAAUGAAAUGAAUUUCGAAUGGCUCGGACAACAUCCGAAACAAAAACGAACAGCGUCGUCAACACGUUUCGAUCACAACGAUAGCGAUGAAGAAAAUAUCGACGAUAAUUAUGUGUAUCAACAAACGAAACCACCUACAAUCAAUGUGCAUCGCGUAAGACGUCGUCCAAUGCAUAAUACGGAAGCGAAAAUAUUCUCAUGCCAAUAUUGUUUCCAGCCCUCAGCAACAACUGAAGAUCGUAGUCAACACGAAGCUACAUGUCGACAACGUCCAUCCAAACCAACGAGUAAUGUUCGAUCCAAACCCUAUCAAUCAGCUACCAACAUAACAGACGAGAAGCUAUUCUCUUCGAAAUGCUCGUAUUGCCAUCAAGAAAUUCGUCUGACUGACCGAAAGGAUCACGAAGCACUUUGUAAACAAUUCGGAACCAAACGUCAAACGGCAACGAACAGUAGUACCAAACGUUUCAACAAUUCAACGACCAAUAGUCUCAAUGAUCACAGUCAAUCAGCACCAAAACCAACGUCCGGAAAUCUUAGUCAUGGCAUCGAACAAUUACGCACAUGUAAUCGGUGUCAUCGGGUAUUUCCUGUUUUAUCGGAUUUGUUUAAUCAUCUGUGUGAUGAUGAAGAAGAAUUUUUUCAAACAAAAUCAACGAUCUCGUCUUCAUCAUCCAUAUCGAAUAAGAAUACCAGUGAUAAUUUAUUUAACGACAUUCAGUCGAACAAUAUCACGUUAGAUAAAGCGUCGUCGUUCAAUCAGGGAAUAUCAUCUUCAAGACCUCUCAAGCUCAAUCGUCGUUCAUCAUUUAAUGAUUCUUCCAUUAGAUCAAAGAAAUUAUUUUCUCCGAUUCCUCCGCCUCCCACACCUCCACUUUUCAAAACAUCGACCGACCAUCCAACAACGAUACAUAGUUCACCAAUGACUCGUCUAAAUGAUUCGAAGUUCAAAUUAGACACAACACACAUUCCUUUCUCGAAACGAUCUUUUCUUCGCCCAGAUACAAAUCAUAUCACCCGCAUUUCCUCUUCAUCAUCGCCGUUACCAUCAUCGUCAACACUAUUCAAUAACAAAGCACCCCAACUCUCAAGUACCUAUGUCUAUCUCCGGAAUCCAUCGUCACCUAUUCAUGUCAAUUCGUGA